AUGGAAAAGCCACAGACGAAGACCUCGCUGUCCGUACGGGCUCGGGGGUCGUCACGUCAGCAUUGCAGCAGUGCAGAAGGCGGCAGGCGGCUGCACGACCCAACGCUGUACAGCCACCUGCCGUCCCAUGAGAUUUCGUUGCCUCUGAGUGACGAGGAGGGCGAUGACCCUCGAUCCUCAACGGUUCCUCUGGGCAGGGGUUCUACGCAGGAUUGGAUGGGGAGCCAGCUGUACAAACAGACAUCGACACCAACGUACACUGAUCUGUUGGAGGGGCGGACCCCGGUUGGUUAUGACGCAGGACUCGUAGAUCUCAGCUUCGGUYWGAGGUUUGGGAGUGCCGAGGACGUGACGCACACCGUUCUCGUGAACCCAACUUCGGGCACCAACCACACACCGCCUUUAGUGAGGGCAUUGGGCCUUCCGGAUAACCGCGCCUGGUGUUCUGGUGAGUCGGGCGACGAACGUGGACUCUUUUCGCCAAGGCGGGGGGCAGUGGGCACAGCAGGUGUGGCCGCGUCGAGGACGAGGACAGGUGGAUCGGCUCCUUGUGRAUCGACUACGCUAGGCGGCACAAUCGACGGACCAGGGGACGACGAUGAGUGCUCCGGUGCUGAGGUCGUGGGACGAAUGGUUUGGGAUGAUCAUCGGCGACAAUCGCGUCAAGCGAGCACGUCCGGCAUAACGAGAGGGGUGGUGAAGAUUAAUGUGGGGGUGAACGAUAAAUUCGGCGAUUGCGAUGGCGCAGGGGGCGAAGAUUGCACGACAGAAAAUAGGGCCAAUGACAACGACGAGGACGGCGACGGGGAGAUGGAGAUUCGUCCAGUACGAAGGAAGCGGGGAGGGUCAAGGGCCACAAACAAGUUUACAGAACCGCGCGUGGGGCGGAGAGGCAAGAAGGGUGUGGAAGAUACGUCGGCUGGCAAGGGAGCAAAAAGCAGGGAUUUUCGGACCGUGGAGCACACGAUUGCUCUGAUCCAGUGAUCCGAGCUAAAAGAGACCAGGAUUUGCAUCUGUCCAGCCUGGGGCACAACAACGGAAGGAUGAAGACGAAGACAUGGAAGUGGGACGACGUCGAGAAGAGGCUCGUGCAGAUGGGGGUGACGAGUAGAAAGGCAGUGGACUGCGGGAAAAAAUGGGACAACCUGUACCAGCAGUUCAAAACCCUGCACAAGUUCAUGGGAGAAUCAAGGAAGCCUAAUUUC